AUGCCUGUGGUCGACCCCCAUCACCAACGAAGUCAAGCUGCGAGUCUACCUAUCCGCAAUUCGCCCCAUCAUGAUGUACCGAUCGGAGACUUGGGAGCACCAUCUACGGUGAUGGAAAGUCUUGAUUGCACGGAACGAAAGCUGCUUAGACGGCUAUUUGGCUACUUUUGGCCUAGGGUAUGCCACAAUGAAGACAUUUACGCAGAAAUUGAUGUGGUAUACCGGCAGAUGACAUGUGGAAGAUAUCAACAUCUUGCACCGCCAUCGAAAGUGGCUAAAAAAGAAAUUCUAACUCAAGAUUUCAAGAAUCUCCUUUCCCACAACGUAGUAACGUUCCUGCUUGACGAAUUUGCAAUGGGUCUAGAACAGAAUAAAGAUGAGAAAAUCCUGUGUUUCCUGAUUCGACCUGGAUGCAUGGGAACCUGA